CCAGCGAAGAUGUCCGAGGUGCGGCUCCCCCCAAUUCGGGUGCUGGAUGAUUUUCUCCUGGGCUCCACUCGCUUGGCUGCCCCCGACGUGCGGGACCUGCAGCGCUGGCACAACCGCGUGAUUAACAACCUCCUGUACUACCAGAGCAAUUAUCUGCUGCUGCUGGGCGCGGGGCUGCUGCUGGGCGGGUACUUCCAACCCAUGCUGAUCCUGCUAAGCUGCCUACUCGUAUGCCUGCUGUUUGGAGGUUUCGUCUGGGCAGCUGAGAACAAGCCCCCCGUGCGACGCUUCCGGCGGAAUUACCCUGGCACCUGCUUCUUUGCCAUCCUUGGCGCUGCGUAUUUCCUGGUGUCCCUUUUCGAAGGCUCGGCCACCUUCUUGAUUUUCAUCGCUCUGCCCAUAAUGUUGAGCCUCAUCCAUGCCUCCCUGCGUCUGCGGAGCCUUAAAAACAAGAUUGAGAACAAAAUCGAGAACAUUGGACUCAAGCGAACACCGAUGGGGCUUCUCCUGGAAGCUCUGGGCCAAGAGCAAGAGGCUGGAUCCUAGACCAUCAGCAUCGGUUUCCCUUUCCUCUGGAACUGCUCUUUCCUUCCUCCAACAGAUGCUUGUUCUGCUUGCCUCAAUCUAGCAAUCUGGCUGUGAGUUCCUGUGGAAGAUACAGUAGCUUCUAGCUUACAUCAAACUCAGCAGAACUCCUGACCUGCGGCUGGGUAACAGCCAAGAGAGGAAAUGGACUGAAAUCAGCCUAACGUUCCAGUUUAAUGUUAAGUAUUUCCCAUUGGAAUCCAUAUUGGGUUUUUUUUUUGCUUUGGAAAGGAAGGAAUCACAAAGAAAGAAAACUAGAAUUUGAAAAAACCUUCCGUAGUAAAUUGUUGGUUUAGAAUACACAGUUGCUGGUUGAGAGAAGGACAAAAAUUGAGAUCAGAACCAAAUGAAAUCAGUGUUGUUCUAAUUCAGUUUUCUCCCGCAAGGUACAAUCCAGAUAUGUUGAGAUGAGAGUUUCCACAUGCUCCAGUUAGCUGGGAAUUUCCUGAAUUGCGGGAGGCUGUAGAUGGCUGGAUUAUUAACGGGCUUUCAGUGUAUUAUUAUUUGCAUAAUGCCACUGCUGUAAGGGCUUAAGAAACAGUAUUAGGACUACUCUGUGUAGGAACCCCAUUACUUAGGCCAGUAUCAUUUAUCCCUAUAUUGCACAUAGUAGGCUGAGAUUUUGUAGAGCAGAAUGCUUCAGCCUCGCCCUCACCCCCAUAUGUUCAUAGCAGAGCUGAGAUUGAAAUGGGGAGGGAAUUUGAAUGGAUAUUUAUCUUGUUUCCUCUUGGACUUCUGUAGAGCAGUGGUCUCCAACCUUGGCAACUUUAAGACAAGCUUUGCUGGCUGAGGAACUCUGGGAGUUGAAGUCCACAGGUCUUAAAGUUGCCAAGGUUGGAGACCACUGCUGUAGAGGUUUUGGGCUCUUGGUGUUCAGAUGGAGGCAGCAAGUAAAGCAACUUGGAUGAAGUUUGGUAGUAGAAGGGAGCAAGGCAAUUUGGAGAAGAUUUAGCUAAACCUUUGAAUGGAUGAUGGAGGCUAAUCAUUUACAAAUCUUAAGGAAUUCUUUUAUGAAUACUUUUGAGCAAAAGGGAAGGCUAACACUCAAGUGCUGGUAAAGGAGACUGAUGAUGUACAAAAAUACCCCCACAAAAUGACAUCAAAAAGUGGGACGCUGUCCCCACUUUUGAGUAUAUUUAACGAGCAAAAGAACUUUUGUCUCUCUGCAAGACCAAGUCAAGAAACCUCAAAACCGUUGUCCUGGCUCAUGAAUGCCAAUAAAGUGCAAUUCAAUUUGUUUGCUUUUAGAUUAGAUUAAAAUGCACAGUAUGGUAGGAUAGGAUGUGUAAAGCAUAAUCACAAAUCAUAAUCCUAAAAUCUGACUUUGUGUGAUGUGCGAGUCCAAACAAUCCUCUCUACUCAAAGUCAUUUGGAAUUCAGAGGGUUCUUGUACAAAAUUUAAGAGAAUUAGACCAAUUCUGCACAGUUCUAAGUAGAAUACAAUACAUACAAAUGAGAUGUUCCAAUACUGAUCAUAUUCUUUUCAUCAUGCUGUUUUGAAAAUGAUGGGAAGAAGCAAUAAUUAAGCACAUAGUAUAGCUUAAAAAGGACUUUCCAUCUAAGCUUUUAUGAUCAUUUAGCAAGAAAGAGGUUCUUUUAUACUUCCUGUAUGGGGUUUUUUGGGGGGGACCUCUAAAGGAAAGGCAUCGUCCUUGUUUGCUAUUAGCAGGAUAUAACAAUCAUUAACUCCACUUCUGAUCAAACUUUUGACUGCAUAGGCUGCUUCCUUCAAGUCUUUUCAGCCUUAAGUGAUCAGCGGGGCUGGCUGGAUAUUUGGGGAGUUGUAUCUGGAACUGCAUAUGGGCAGUUUCAACUUGCCUUUGUACUUGGUAGAAUAUGUGUAAUACGCCAGAUGUUAAUUUUUGUGUCUCAUGACAUCUGCUAGCUAGUUGUCGUGUGUUUUACUUUUCCCAAGCCAGGGUCCUUAAUAGCUCACUUCAGCUAUCAAAUCUCAUUAGACUACUGGCUUUUCAUGUAUUUAGGAAAUUCCCAAGUCCUUUGGGUGGAGGCUGAAGGGAAAACAUGCUUCAAAAUCUGUAAGGUAUGGACCAUAAACUGACAUACACAAGUGUACAGCAAAAAGUCUUUCUGGAUUUUCAGAACACAUUUGCACCAUAAACUAACCACUUCAGCUGUAUUCAUACAACCCAUUGUGAUAAAAAUGCAGUUGAACAGUGGGUGAAGCCAGUGGAUACUUCUCUUGAAGGGAGUUACCGAUUUUGCUCAGCCUUUCGGUUCCCACUUUAAUAUGGAGGAAAAUUUAAGAGUUGUUAAAUCAGGUAGACAUUACUUUGCUCAAACUGGGGCAGCUGGAAUUGGAAUUCUCAUGAUAUGGUCAUUAUUUAGGCAGUAUGGAGGCACCCCAUUGGUUAUCCUAGCAGUAGAAUUAUGUAACAAGUAUUGAUACAUAAUCCCAAUGGUAGAUUAUGAAUGUUCCCUCAUUCUUUAGAGCAGGGCCGUCAAACGCGGACCGGAUGCGUCACGUGCUGGCCACGCCCAUGCCCGGUUUAGCAAAAGUGGGGGGGGGGAGUCCAGAUAUGUCAUGUGACGCCACAGUGAUGAGAUGCAUUUGAGAUCCCUGCUUUAGAGGCUGCAUUCCUCACAUGUAGAACAUGAAGAUUCAAACCCAACCCG